AUGUCGACCAAAAAAUUCAGUAUUGUUGCUUUUGGGGGAGACUAUGCUGGGCCCGAGGUUAUGGCCGAGGGCCUCAAGGUCAUGAACCAGAUUUUAAGUCGGUAUCCUGAUGUCGAAUGUGAUAUCAAGUCCUACGAGCUGGGUGGUACCAGCUUUGAUCUCCACGGCGAAGCCAUUCUGCCUGAAGCCCUAGAGGCCGCCAAAAAGGCCGACGCGGUGCUGGUAGGCGCUGUUGGCGGUCCUAAAUGGAAUGGUCGGGUACCGUCGGUAGAGUUCCAAAGCCUAGGCGCUCUGCGGCGCGAGCUGCAGCUCUACGGCAACCUGCGACCCAUCAACUUCGCGGCGCCGUCGCUGGUCGACGACUCGCCGCUCAAGCCCGACGUCGUCAGGGGCACCGACAUCCUGAUGAUCCGGGAGCUGACGGGCGGCAUCUACUUUGGCGAAAAGUCGCGGGGCGACCGGGUCGCCGUGGACACGGACCGGUACACGUACGAGGAGGUCGAGCGCGUCGCCCGGCUGGCCGGGUCCCUGGCGCGCCAGAGGAACCCGCCGCUGCCCGUCGUCAGCCUCGACAAGGCCAACGUCCUCAUGGCCUGCGGUGCCUUCUGGCGCCAGGUCGUCGCCGAGAUCUUUGCCCGCGAGUUCCCCGACGUGCCCCUCGCCCACCAGCUGGCCGACAGCGCCGCCAUGAUCCUGGCUUGCAACCCGACCAAGCUCAACGGCAUCGUGCUGGCUAGCAACCUCUUUGGCGACAUACUCAGCGACCAGGGCAGCGUCAUUGCCGGGAGCAUUGGCCUGCUGCCAAGCGCUAGUCUGUGUGGGAUUCCUACGGCUGGGUCUGGAAUGAUCAAGGGGUUGUAUGAGCCGAUUCAUGGCUCCGCACCCGACAUUGCAGGGAAGCAGAUUGUAAAUCCCAUAGGAAUGAUUCUCUCCGUAGCCAUGAUGUUUAGAUAUUCGCUAGGUAUGCCCGAAGCGGCGGAUCUGAUCGAGACGGCCGUGAGGGACACGAUCGAGGCUGGGGUUCGUACCAAGGACAUGGGAGGAAAUGCCUCCACAAAGGAGAUUGGCGACCAUGUGGUCCAAACCCUCUCGGAUCUGAUACACCUGCUGGGCUUUGAACACCUACCCUUGACGCUGGACGUUCACAACCUAAUCAAAAUGCUUUCUUUUCCUCAAAACAAAUACACUGGCUUCACCCAGGUCCACAACCCAAACAGACAAUGGCCAAAUAAGGUCAUCACAAAGGCACCAGUUUGGUUAUCAACAGAUCUUAGGGACGGAAACCAGUCUUUGACCAGCCCUCUUACGUCGGAUCAAAAAUGGGAGUAUUUCAAGAUGCUGGUGGAGAUAGGCUACAAGGAGAUCGAGGUCAGUUUCCCAGCGGCCUCCCAGGUCGAGUUCGACUUUACAAGGCGGCUGGUCGAGACUCCAGGCGCGGUGCCCGACGACGUGCGGCUGCGCGGCCUGGCGCCGACCCGGGCCGACUUUUUGAAGCGGACGGUCGACGCGCUCGAGGGCGCCAAGAGAGCAACCGUCUGCACCUACAUCUGCGUCAGCGACAAGAUGCUCAAGUACCAGGGCUUCUCGCGGCAGAGGGCGGUCGACCAGGCGGUCGGCGCGGUCCGCUACCUCCGGUCCAUCACCAAGGACAACCCCGACAGCAGGACGGAGUGGUCGCUGGCGUUCGGGCUCGAGUCGUACAACGAGUCGGACCAGGACUUCGCCCUGGCCAUCUCGGAGGCGGUCGUGCGGACGUGGGAGGCCAGCGCCGAGGACCCCGUCGUGGUGGUGCUGGCCACCAGCACCGAGGUGGCGACGCCCAACGUCUUCGCCGACCAGGUCGAGACCUUCAUCGGCGGCCUGUCGGAGCCGGAGAAGAUCCGCAUCUCCAUCCACACCCACAACGACCGCGGCUGCGGCGUGGCCGCGGCCGAGCUGGGCAUGAUGGCCGGCGCCCACAUGGUCGAGGGCUGCCUGUUUGGCAACGGCGAGCGCGCCGGCAACGUCGACCUCGUCACGCUGGCCCUCAACCUCUUCACGCGCGGCAUCGACCCGAACCUCGACUUCUCCGACCUCGGCGCCGUCAAGGAAAAGUACGAGCGCCUCACGGGGCUCGAGGUCGGGCCCCGCACGCCCUACGCCGGCGAGUACGCGCUGCAGGCCUUCAGCGGGCACCACCAAAACAUCAUCCGCAAGGGCAUGGGCCUGCGGCUCCGGGCCGAGGCCGAGGGCCGCCCGCUGCCCAUGUGGGACAUCCCCUACCUGCCCAUCGACCCCAAGGACCUGGGCAUCCCGCUGGACCACAUCAUCCGCGUCAACUCGCAGAGCGGCAAGGCGGCCGCGACCUGGUUCCUCAGCCGCCGCUGGGGGCUGGAGCUGCCCGUGGAGAUGCAGGUGCACUUUGGCCGGCGGCUGAUGGCGCUCUGCGAGGCCCUGGCCCGCGAGAUCUCCCAGGAGGAGCUCCUCGACCUCUUCGUGUCCACCUACUCCCUGGGCACGAACCGCGGCCCGGACCUGGGCGACCUGACCGUCCAGCGGAGCAGCAGCAGCAGCAGCAGCAGCGGGCGGGAAUACGUCAUCGACGGCGUCAUAAGCCCCAUCGACGGCGUCAAUAUCGUCGUCUCGGGCGUGGGAGGAGACCUUGCCACGGCGGCCCUGCAGAGCUUGAACAUCGAUACCGAGGGCAAGGCCGUGGCCGUCAAGAUCCAGGACACGCAGCAGCUCAACACCGAGUUUGGAAGGGGGAGGUACUGUGCCCUGGCGACCUGUGAGGUCGGCAGGGAAGUCCAAUGGGGCUACUUCAUCGACGAGAACAAGGAAAAGGCCGAGGCGUUGGCCGUGAUCGCAGCAGCUUUGAAUCGCCGUGGCAAGCAGGUGUAG